AGCCAUCGUAACUUCGUACAUUUACUCAGUCUUUCGACUCUACGGCUUCCAUUGCUCUUUGACAAUGCCAUUAAUACGGGCGUUACCUGCAUCUUUACGAUGCCAUGGCUGUAGAAGCGCCAUUGUUCGCUCUUUCAUAAGCCCCACCACGAGCAAUGCAUCUCCCUCACAUGUCUCCCUCGUAGUGGCAAGCCAUCGCCUACCUCAAUCACGAGCAUUCGCUUCAGGCCGAAGACUCAAUAACGAGCAAGAUGCCUUGACCACAUCACAGAAAGAGGAUUCUGCGAGCACAACAACGGAUACCGUCGUGGAAUCAGCAUCACCCGCUGCCGCACCAUUACCCUGGUACCUUCAGAACCAGUUCCAACCUAAGAAAGGCCGCGAUGAAAUCGACGACCGACACCGUCAAGCUAUUCCUGAGCUACCACACAACCCACCGCCGCUACUACAAGCCAUAUUAGAAUACGUCUCGAUCACCGCGGGUCUAGAUGACCUCAACCUACUUGACCUCCGACACCUCGACCCUCCUCCCGCCCUCGGCCCGAAACUCAUAAUGAUUGUUGGCACGGCACGUUCAGAGAAGCAUCUUCACGUUUCUGCGGACAGAUUUUGUCGUUGGCUUAGGCGUGAGCACAACUUGAAGGCAAAUGCAGCCGGACUGCUGGGCCGUAAUGAGCUAAAGAUCAAGCUACGGAGAAAGAUGAAGAGGAUGAAGAUGCUGGCAAAUGUUGGAGGAAAGGAGCCGGAAGGGAUGAUCGAUGACGGAAUUAGGACUGGUUGGAUCUGCUGUACGAUUGGGAAAAUCGAGGCUCAUCCAGAGGACACGGAGAUGCCAGGAGACGAUGUGGACAACUUUGUGGGGUUCAGAGACGUCAAGCCUGGCGUGAACGUCGUCGUUCAGAUGUUUACAGAAGAGAAGCGAGACGAAAUAGAUUUGGAGACACUAUGGGGUGGUGUUCUAAGGACACACGAUCGCAAGAUCACAGAAGCAGAGGAAAAGCUACUAAAGGAGCAAGAAGAGGAAGGCGAGGGAGAGGAGAGCGACAUCCAGUCUGAUGUGUCUCCACCGAAACCACAUCUUUCCAAUUCUGCAUCGUCACGACCACCAAGCGACCCAUUCCCAUCAAUUGAACCUUCGACCCGUCAAUGGCAUCGACCAGCACCAACAAAAGGCGAUCCAUUUCCAGAAGCUCCGAUUCGUAAUUCGGGCCAGCAAUAUCGACGCUUACACACGGUUGGCCUGAGGUCAAACGCACUAUCAUGAUCCCGAAACAUUGUACAAAUACUGUAAUGAAUAAAGACAAACUUUCGUAGUCGCCGAUGUAAAACAGUUUUGUUCAUCAUUGGCUUGCAAAUAUGAUGUAACAAUAUCGAUUCUCAUUCAAGCGU